UGUUUUGUUAAAUUGAAUAAACAACAAUUAAUCUUGUAUCUUUGAAAUGAAUUUUUUGAUAGUUUUUUGUUUAAUUUUUUCACCCAUUCAUGGUCUCAAUUUAACUCCAAUAGUUAAUUUGACUAGUGGUCCUAUUCAAGGUAAAGUUACUGAAUAUGAAUCGAUUGGGGUUUAUCAGUUUCUCGGUAUUCCUUAUGCAAAGCCACCGGUUGAUAAAUUGAGAUUCCAGUUACCAGUUGAACCAGAUCCAUGGACUGAGGUUGAACCAGCUACUGCUCCAGGUCCAGCUUGUCUUCAACCGCCUGUCCUGCCAAACAUAAAAGAAACCAGUGAAGACUGUCUCUACCUCAAUAUUUUUGUUACUGAAUCAACUUUUAAUAACUCAUCAAACAAACAACGACCAGUGCUUUUCUGGAUUCAUGGCGGUGGAUUUACAACAGGAUCUGGAGUUAUAGAUGGACUUCCAAUUGUUUCAUUACAUGAUGUUGUGCUCGUCUCUAUCAAUUAUCGUCUCAAUGCAUUUGGUUUCAUGAAUAUUCAAAAGUUUGGCGGUGAUCCGAAUAGUGUGACAAUUUUCGGUGCAUCUGCUGGAUCGGUCUCAGUCUCUGCUCAUCUGUUGUCUCCGCUUUCGAAAGGACUUUUCAAAAGAGCUAUUCUUGAAUCAGGAACAAUUUACCAGAAUCACAACGAUGAUACCUUGGUUCUAGAUUCUUGGAAACUCUACAACAAAACCUCAUGUUCAAAAUCGAAAGAUGUUCUUGAAUGUAUGCAGAAUCUAUCAGCAACCGAAAUAUUGAAUAACAUAAGUGAUAAAGUAUUAGCAUAUUCCUUCAAAGUGGGUGACGACUUUCUGCCUUACGAACCAUCCAAAGCUUUCGCGGAAGGAUUCUUUGAUAAUUCGAUUGACAUUCUAUUGGGUGUUGUGAAAAAUGACGGUUCGGUUUUCAUGAAAGCUAUCGACCCCAUAGUUUUCGAUUACUCAAAAGUGCCUCAGCCAAUAUCCUACCAACAAGCUACAACCUACUUGAAGCGCAUCUUUAAUUCUGAAUCAGUUGACUAUUUCCGUGAACUCUACUUUGGUCCUGAAACUAACGAUUCAGAUUUCAGGUCUCAACUUGAAAUAGCUUACAGUGACGCUACAUUUAUUUGUCCAACUUAUGUGUUUGGACUUCAGUACGCUUCUAGUUUAGGUUCACAGGGUGGUAAAGUUUAUGCUUAUUAUCACACUCAAAAGCCCAAAACUGAUCAUAUGCCCGAAUGGAUAGGAACUUAUCAUGGAGCUGAUGUUUCUUAUGUUUUCGGUACAAAUCUACAAAAUCCUGGUAAUUCACAUAAAGAUGCCUCAUUGUCUCGUGAAAUGAUGAAAAUCUGGACUUAUUUUGCUGAGAAUGGUGAGACUCCAAUGAUUGGGGAAACUAGAUGGAAAACAAUGCAAGAAAGCAAAUCGGCGAUGAUACUGAAUAUCGAUGAUUGGGGAAAAACUGAAACGGAAAGAAUUGAAUUCUGCCACAAGGAAUGGCCUUACAUGUCGAAAAACGUUAUUAUAGGGUUGGGUCCAUUUCCAAAUAUUCAAUUCUUAAUUGAACAUUCUUAAUAAAUCUGUUUUUUGCUCAAUGUUGCGACAUAAAGUAGCAUUUUACGCCAUGAAAAAGUAUUUGUUUUACUAUUAAAGUAUUAUAUUCAAUAAAAGGGCUCUUUAAUAACUGAA